UUAGCCACUUCACGAUUGGCCAAGAUGUUUCGCGUUAGAGCUCUGUAUUUUUCGCUUUUGGGAUUUAUUUCGAUUUUUCUUGGUUUCGCCUACUUUUCAAAAGAUUUGACAUUUUGGAAAUUUGACAGCCGAACCUCAGUGAUUUCAGGUAUACGGUCUUUUGAGAAAAAACAAAUGAUAUGCGUGGAAGUAGAUGAAGAAGUGUUCUAUAAAAAUAUUGGGAUUUUUCUAAAAUCCAGCGAUGAUCAACAGAAACAACCGCCGAGGUCAGAACCCCAAGGCAACAAACCGACAACACAGAAAGUGGUGGUGACUACCCGUCCUGACGUUCAGAACGGUAAAAAUCAAAAGAGAACUCCUGUCAGCAAUCACAUGACAACAAGAAAGCCUUACGGUGUAAAGGACUUCACUCUCUAUCCUGUGUGGCCCGAUGAAGAGGAGUAUCAUCGUGACCCUGUGGUGGAAAAUUGGAACUGCCCAGUAAAUCUAAGGAAGUCGGAGGUCAGUUGGUUUAAGGAAGCCUUCAUCCCCAAUGUCGGAUUCUUCAUGCACAAAGAACAUUUCAAUGAGAAGGAGUGGAGGAGGCUGGAAAAGUUUAAUCCUCCAUACGGAUGGAUGGGGGCCGACUACAAAGAUGUAAAGGAAGCUGUGGAAGUGAUGCCUAGCUUAACUGAACAGAAGCUCUUGCUGACUCCUACAAGCAAGGAUGGCUGCAUCCGCUGUGCCGCAGUGGGCAAUGGCGGAAUCCUCAAUGGGUCUCGGAAGGGGCAAGAAAUCGAUUCUCACGAUUACGUCUUCAGGGUGAAUGGUGCAAUAAUCAAAGGCUUUGAGACAGAUGUUGGUUCAAAAACUUCAUUUUACGUCCAUACGGCACACACGAUGACAGCCUCACUCUACGUCUAUAAGAAGGAUGGCUUUACCAAAGUGCCAGUGGAUAAGGACACAAAGUUUAUUCUGCUCCCAGAAGGCCGUCGGGAUUACGAGUGGAUGAAAGCCCUCUACCAGAAUACGACGGUUUCUAAAGGGUACUUUCACAGAAAACGGCCAGCCACAUACUUUGGUGAUCACUUCACAAUGGACAAGUACUUUGUUAUUCAUCCUGAUUUCAGCAGAUAUUUGAAGAACAGAUUCUUUAAGUCUAAAACUCUGAAAGGCAAAAGCUGGGCCAUCUACCGACCAACGACAGGUGCAUUUGGCUUGAUGUUGGCACUUCACAUGUGUGAUGUGGUCAACGCUUACGGGUACAUCACAGAGAACUACAAGAACUAUUCCGACCAUUAUUAUGAUAAAGAGUACAAAAAGACCAUCUUCUAUUCGAAUCACGACUAUGGGCUAGAGAUCAAGUUGUGGAAGAUGUUUCACGAUGCAAAAAUUUUCAACCUCUACCACAAGAGCUGAAGACAAGCGAAGAGAGGAAUGUGCCUUUUCCUUUGUCAAAAGGAGGGAAACAAAUGAAAAGAGGACUCCAUGAUGCCCUCGAUUUAGGUGUACCCACUGCAGCCUUGCAUUUCUUCACUUUUCCCAACUUCAUUCAUCUAUUUUAAGAGCUUUGUUCUGUUUGAAUAUUUAGACUAAAGUUUGCAUUACAGUUGAUAUCGGCCGUAAUUAAGGAUGAACUCAUCACGCAGGACACGUGGAUCUUCAUUUCCAAAUAUCAGAGUUCUACAGCCCAAACCAGAAAGCCAUAACUGUAUCUCUGUAACUCUCUAACUCUAUAACUCUAUCUCAUGUCAAGGCUGUGGGUAUAUAAUUCAAAAUAUCGCACAUUGGUAAAUUGUGUAAGCCGCCACAUGAGCCCUCUGCCGCCCAUUUAGUGGUGACCUCUGUGUCAGGACUCUCCAACGUCACCGUGAUGCUGCCAACGCUGGACAUUCUGAAUCGACAUGACUGUAGUGAAUAAGGGUUCAUGCUAAACUGAGUGAAAGAUUUCAUUUUUUGAGUUUUUAUUAAAUUUACAAACCUUU